AUGACUCUGAACAUCCAACGUGGAAGCAGCAUGAGUCCUUGCCAGCGGCGGGCCAGCACCCCGCUUCCUGGGUCUCGCUCAGAGCGGCCGAGCCCUCGAACCAGGCAGGCCGAGCCCUGCCACCCACAGCUGGGACACUCAUCAUCCUGUGAGCCCCGAGCCUGCCUCCCAGAGCCCUGUGGCGGCUGGCUGUCCGAGUCCUCUGGCUCCAAUGAAUCAUGCGGAUCCCUCUACCGUGUGGUGCUCCUUGGUGAUCCUGGCGUGGGCAAGACCAGUCUGGUGAACCUCUUUGCCGGGGUUCAAGAAAAGGACUACUCACUGGAACAACAGAGAGAGGACACCUAUGAGCGCACCUUGUCCGUGGAUGGGGAGGAGACCACGCUGGUGGUGAUCGACACCUGGGAGGCUGAAAAGCGGUCUUCGGAGGAAGACCACUGGCUGCACCAUGACUGCAUGCAGGUGGGCAACGCCUACGUCAUCGUCUACUCCAUCACAGACCGGGGCAGCUUUGAGAGCGCGUCCGAGCUGCGCAUUCAGCUCCGCCGCACCCGGCAGGCAGAGAACAUUCCCAUUAUCCUGGUGGGGAACAAGAGCGACCUGGUGCGCUCCCGAGAGGUGUCUGUGGAAGAAGGCCGAGCCUGCGCCGUGGUCUUUGACUGCAAAUUCAUUGAGACGUCGGCUGCCCUCCAGCACAACGUGACCGAACUCUUUGAGGGGGUGGUGCGGCAGAUCCGCCUGCGGAAGGACAGCAAGGAGGCCAACGAGCGGCGGAUGUCACUUUACAAGCGCAAGGAGAGCCUCACCAAGAAGGUCCGGCGCUUCCUGGACCAGCUGGCGGCUCGCAACAACAAAAAGGUGGCUCUGAAGGUCCGUUCCAAGUCUUGCCACGACCUGUCCGUGCUGUGAGAGCACCAGGUGCCCUCCUCCGCUCUCCCCUCUGGCACCGCCAAGGGCUUGGCCUUGGUCUUCCUUCCCAUGCCUAUCCACAGCUUUGCAGACACUCUUCUUUGUUGGUGGCGGGGCCUUUACAGAGGCAAAAAGGUCACUGGGCAGCUGGGUGGAGUGGCACAGAAGUGGUGGGCUCAGAGCCAAUUGGGGCCUGGAACCAUCCUUGGAUCAACGGACUGGCCGGCCAGUGCUCGGGACGGCUGAGGAAGGCCAUGCAAUAAAGCGAGGCUUUCCGGCAAGCGACGAUGGAAUCUGGCAGAUGAACGUGAGCAGGGAGUAAGCGCACCACAAGGGACCUGAUCCUCACCUGAUCCACUUCGCUCCCCAAGGCUUUUGAUUUGCCCUCAUGGCUCUGUGGGGCCGUCCGCUAUCUUUCAGAUUCAGGCCAGUGGCUCAGUGCCAGGCCUGGUCAGGAAGGGAGCUGGCUGCUUGGCAGAUGCCUGUCGUUGGUCCUGGCGAGGACCGAUAAGCAGAAUGAGAAAUACGCCACUGAACAGGGACUUCUGAAAUACAGCUUUGUCUUGCAUUGUAAUUAGCUGAAAAUUCCCUCCCGCAAAUGGUAUUUCCAGUGUUCCAGCAAAGACCCUAAAACUCUGAACUUUGAAA